AUGACGCAAUCUGUCAGGCAGUUUGCGGUCACUAGACCGCUGUACUCCGAGGACCUGUUCGCCUUCCAGCAUGAGAAAAUCUACCGGCAGCAGAAGACCCCGCUGGACCACGUGAAGGCAUAUUUCACCUGUAACCCAAAGAGGGCAAAGAGUGCUGCUCUCUCUCUGCUGCCUGUCAUUGGCUGGGUGAGAAUGUAUCGCAUCAAGGAGUGGCUGCUGAGUGACAUCGUGUCUGGAGUCAGCACUGGAUUGGUGGCUGUGCUGCAAGGUCUGGCGUUCUCCCUGCUGGCCUCCCUGCCCCCAGGCUAUGGGCUGUAUACGGCCUUCUUUCCUGUCAUCGUCUACUUCUUCCUGGGAACCUCCAGGCACAUCUCAGUGGGUGCAUUCCCGGUUCUUAGCCUGAUGCUGGGUGCAGUAGUGACACAGCUGGUGCCAGAUGAUGGUCCGCCGGCCAAUAUCACAGGGUUUGAGGGACUGACCCAGGAUCAGCAGAGGGUCACAGUGGCUGCCUCUAUCACCUUCCUCAUGGGAGUGUUCCAGCUGGCCAUGGGGCUGCUGCAGGUGGGGUUCAUUGUCAUGUAUCUGUCCGACACCCUGGUGUCUGGGUUCACCACAGCAGCGGCAGUCCACAUCCUGGUAUCGCAGCUGAAGUUUGUGUUGGGGCUGGUUAUACCAGGCCACAGCGGACCUCUAUCCAUUACCUUUGCCAUAGAGAAGAUAUUUGUUCAUAUCAGAGAAAGCAACAUCAUUGACCUGGUAAUAUCCGUCAUUAUCAUGGUGGUGGUGUACUUUGUGAAGGAAUUCAACGAAAGGUACAAGGCCAAGCUUCCUGUACCCAUCCCCAUAGAGAUCAUCAUGACUAUUGUUGCUUGUGGCGUUUCCUACGGAUUCAACUUCAAGGAAAAUUACGACGUAGAUGUCGUGGGCGCAAUGGGGACUGGUUAUGAGGCCCCGAUGGUGCCGGACCUGGAGGUCAUCCAGCUGACUGCAAUGGAAGCCUUCCCCAUGGCCAUCGUGGGCUUCGCCGUGGCUUUCUCUGUGGCCAAGGUGUACGCCAUCAAGCACGACUAUGUUAUCGAAGGAAACCAGGAGUUAAUUGCUUUCGGGGCCAGCAACAUCUUCGGGGCGACCUUCAGGUCAUUUGCGGCGAGCACUGCCCUCUCCAGGACUGCUGUGCAGGAGAGCACAGGUGGUAAAACCCAGAUAGCUGGCUUGCUCUCAGCAAUGGUGGCAAUGGUUGUUACUAUGGCAAUCGGAUUCUUGCUUGAGCCACUACCCAAGUGUGUGUUAGGGGCACUGGUGAUUGUCAAUCUGAAGGGGAUGCUGAAGCAGUUUGGAGAAGUCCCUGACCUCUGGAGGAAGGACAAGCCGGACUGUGUUGUGUGGGUGGUGGCCUGUGCCUCCUCCAUUGUGCUUGGGCUGGACUUGGGACUGGCUGUGGGCUUGGCAGUGGAGCUGCUCACUGUGGUAUUCAGGACUCAGUUUCCCCGCUGCUCUGUCCUGGCCAACAUCAAGGGGACGGAAAUUUACAGAGAUCGGAAGGACUACCUCUGUAUUUACGAGCCAGAGGGUGUGAAGAUCUUCAGAAUUCCCUCUCCAAUCUUCUUUGCCAACAUCGAGUUCUUCAGGGAAAAACUGGUUGAAUCAGUGGGAUUCAACCCUCUGCAAGUGCUGAGGAAGAGGAACAAGGCCCUGCGGAAGAUCAGGAAGCUCCUGCAGCAGGGGGAACUGCAGAUCACAGAGAAGGGCCUGCUGCAUACGGGCUCCACACCCAUCGAGGAGCUGGAGGACGAGGGCAACACCGACGACCUGGACCAGCCCGCCAACUUCCAGGACCUUCCCGUCCAGGUCAACUGGAACGCCGAGCUUCCAGGCCACAUCCGUGUCCCCAAAAUCGACGUGCACAGCAUCAUCCUGGACUUCUCCGCCGUCUCCUUCCUCGACAUCUCGGCGCUGAAGGGCCUCAGAGUGGCUUUGAAAGAGUUCAUCCGAGUGGAUGUGGAGGUCUACAUCGUGGCAUGUGACUCGCAUAUUUUUAAGAAACUGCACAGCUGCAAAUUCUUUGACAGCGAGAUCAAGACGUCCAUUUUCUUCCUGACUCUCCACGAUGCCGUGCUUCACAUCUUGGAGAAACAUCCAACCUUACCAGAGGCCACAUCCACAUGUGGAAAGGCUCUCUCGCACGGUCACCAUGGCAUCCACCGCAACGGCGGCUGCAGCUUACGGAGCCGAGAGAGCGCGUUCCUGAACUAG